UCAAAUCCUCGUACUCCCGCGAACGACCAUAAACCAUCGUUCCCAUGGCGCAGCCGGCAGUAACGGCACCCAUGCUUCCGCCUAUCAAGGCUGAACACGAUCCCAAUCCACCACCUCCGCAACCAGAAACUACCACCCCUAUCAACCAAGAACCACAACCCACCACCACCACCACUUCCCCCCCAUCUCGACCACCACAAACCCCGUCAUCUCCUCCGUUUGUCCCAUCUUUUCUCAAUUCAAUAACCUACCUCCGCGACCUGUCCGCCGCCCUUGAAACCUUCCACAGUUGCUAUUACGACCUCCAAGCUCACCUCGAUUCCAUUAAUUCCGCUCUUGAUUCCCAAUUAUCUCUCCAAAAAUCCAAUCUUUCCUCCCCACCCCGUGAAAUUUUACCCAUUAUUCCCCUCCCUCCGCCCACCUCCACCCGACCGCCAUCAAACCCUUCUCCAGUAAAAGAAAAAGAAAAAGGAAAAGGGAAAUCAUGUCAAUCAGAGCUGGAAAGCCUUUGUACAUUAAUGUCUAGCAGGGGGCUUCGGAAAUACAUGGUAACUAAUAUUGGAGAACCGGAUAAACUCCGAGAAGAAGUUCCAAAAGCAUUGGAACUCUCGCCUAAUCCGGCAAAAUUGGUUCUUGAAUGCUCUGGGAGAUUUUUUUUGCAAGGGAGUAAAGCUUAUACUAAAGAUUCCCCCAUGAUUCCGGCGAGGGAGGCUUCUGUUUUAGUGUUAGAGUGUUUUUUGCUGAUGGAAAAUGAGGGUGGCGAUGAUAGAGUGAUUAAGAUUGAGAAGGCGAUUAAAGAAGAGGCCGCUGAGGCUGCUAUGGCUUGGCGAAAGAGAUUGAUUAAUGAAGGAGGUUUGGCUAAGGCUAGUGAGAUCGAUGCCAGAGGAUUGUUGUUUUUUCUUGGGUGUUUUGGGAUACCUGCGGGGUUUAGAAAUGACGAUUUCAGGGAUUUGGUUCGAGCCGGUAAUGUAAAGGAGAUUGCAGGUGUUUUGAAGAGAUCAAGUGUUCUUGUCACCAAGUUUUCAGACAUAAUAGGUUGGAUGGUGAAGAAUAAAAUGGCUGUUGAUGCUGUUGAUGUUGCUUGUACUUUUGGCUUUGAGGAUAAGUUCAAUCCUCAAACAAUUUUGACUUCAUUUUUGCGAGAGUCUAAAGAAACCUCCAAGAAAACGAAAAGUUCAACACAGGGUUCAUUGGCUGCAUUGAAUGAGGCAAAGAAGAAGCAAUUGUCUGCUUUGACAUCUGUUGUCAAGUGUUUGGAGAGUCAUAAAAUUGAUCCCUCAAAGCUUCUACCAGGAUGGCAAAUCAAUGAGAAAAUCAAGAGCUUGGAGAAAGAUAUUGCUGAUUCUGACAAGCAUAUAAGGGAGAAGGCAGUUCCAAAACGAAAAGCAGAUCAAACUGAUUCUUCAAAUUUGAAGAGCCAAGAAGUCAAACGGUCACGUUACACUGGUCAAGGACCACAGCAGCAGAAAGUACAUAUUCAUAUUGAUAGCGAGAGGAACAUUCUGGAUGGAGUCCAUGGACACAUAAACAGAUCUUAUGCUUUACCAUCUGCAUUGCAUGGAGCUGGUGCAAGGUUGUUACCAGAGGGCAUUGCUUGCUCUGUUGUAGGAAUUGGUGGUGAUGUCCUUGGAGCUGGAAUAGGUGGUGGUAUAUCGGGAAGUGCCCAUAGUGUUGUGCGAACUGGUUCUUAUGCUGGAGUCCACAGUGGAGCACUAGUAGAUGCAGCAGGACAUAUAAUACAUUAUGAUGGUCACCCAUAUGGAUUGCGGGGUGAUACAGCCGUGAGUGAACGGCUGGCAGCUCCUGCUUAUGCUGCACAACCUCCAUCUUAUGGGCUUGCUGGCUUGUAUAAGCGGACAUCACCAUCCUUGGACAACUUUCCAGGGUUGCCUUCUAAUUCGACAGUAGCACAUAGGAGCUCUGCCUCUGAUCUCUAUCAGUUUGCUGAUUCUAUUGUUGAAAGCGAAUCAUAUCACAGUGGUGGUUCGCGCGCGGCUGGUGCAAUUCCUCCUGUUGUGCCUGCUCACCAUUCAUCCUACUUGUAUUGAAUUUUUGGAAUUAGUCCGCUCGUCGUAGCCUGAUAAGUUUUUGUCUAGGCUUUUUUAGUUAGCAUACAUAGUGAAAAUGAAGGAACAAAUGAGGGUUAACUGAUUUGAUAUCGAAAGCUCCACUCUCCAGCAAAUUGCUGAAUAUUUAAAUAUCAUCUGCGUCUAUUCCUUCUUAUGGAGUUAAAUGGAAGGCUUUCACCCUCUGGUGUUAAUUGUGCAGGCAAGAAAAGGGUGAAGUUGAAGGCUUUGAUCCUCUUGUGUUAA